UGCAAAUUCCUUGGCCCAGUACUUGGCCCAGUCCUUGGCCUGUCAUAGUGGCCUGUCGCUAUGGUUUCCGAUUGCCAACGACCUAUAAGCCAUUUAAAUUGAUUCAAGCGUAACACAUUCAGGCAAUCACUGUAACCAAUAGGGCCCAGACAACCCUAGCGACAAAUCGAUCAUUUUGCGUCCUCGCGCACCUACCCGGCGUGAGCAUAGAUGGAGCCGCCGAAGGAAGCAAAUGAUAUUGACCGCGGCUGCAUCAAUUGUUGGUCGGGGCCUCGAUGUGUUUCCACCAGCUUGAUGUACUCGUUCGCUCAGCGUGCGGACGCUGAGGUGCUCGACGAACCCCUCUACGCCUCCUACCUGACCCUCACCGGCCUCCCACGGCCGUAUCGGGACUUUGUGUUGGCCGAGCAGUCCACGGACGGCAACGCGGUUGUCAAGGACCAGCUGCUGGCGCCCCGCUCCCGACCCGUGCUGUACGCCAAACACAUGGGCAAACACAAGCUGGGAAUCACGGGGGAGCUAUUUAAGCGCGCGCAGCACAUGAUUCUGGUACGGGAGCCGUACGGCGUGUUGCAAUCCUUCUCCGCGGUGCUGGAGCCCACGCAGCAGGAGCUGGGGUACACGGCGCUUCUGGAAAUCGUGAGCGAGAUGCGUGUCCAGGGGCGCGCCCCCAUCGUGAUCAACUCGGACGAGCUCAUCCGACAGCCGGAGGGCGUGCUGCGUGCGCUGUGUGCUGCGCUGGGGCUGGCCUGGGACCCCGCCAUGCUGAGCUGGGCGGCGGGGCCCAAGCCCUACGACGGCUGCUGGGCGUCCUGGUGGUAUCGCAACACGCACAAGAGCGUGGGCUUCGACAUGGAGGUGCGGGACGCACGCAAGCCGCUGCCCCCCAGCCUCAAGCCGCUGCUGGCCGAGUGCUACCCGCUGUACGACACAUUGUCCCGCCUGGCGCUGAGACCCUGCAUGCAGGGGCAGGGACCGGAGGGCCCCGUCCCACGGCCGCUGCCGGCCGCAGGCGGCGGCGACGCCGAGCAGUCUGGGACCCAGCCGCAGGCGGACGCGACAACGCCCAGUGCUGGAGCCCCAGAGCUGGAGGCGCCUGCGCCGGCGGGUCUACAGAAGACCGGCACGCACGUGUACGUGCAGGACCCGCGCAAUGAGGAUGUGCUCAUCGGCAUUCGGGACGGCGUCACGGAGCGCUUCGAGCUGGUGUGGCGGCCACACGCGCGGGUGUCGGUUCUGGACAGCGGCUAUAUGCUGGGUGACGGCGUGUGGGAGGGCAUCCGGCUGCACAACGGCGUGCUGCUGCUGGCUGAGGAGCACCUGGAGCGGCUGGCGGAGGGCGCCAAGGCCCUGGACAUGGAGCUGGGUCUGGGGGCGCCGGGGGCGGGGCUGGCGGAGCAGCUGGGGGCGCUGCAGCAGAUGCUGUACGACACGGUGGACGCCAACGGCAUGACCUCGGGGGUCCACAUCCGGCUCAUGGUGACGCGGGGGCUGAAGCCCACGCCCUACCAGAACCCCAACACCACCAUCGGCAAGCCCACCAUCGUAAUCGUGCCCGAGUACAAGGAGGCCUCGCCGGUGCCGAGGGAGCGGGGCAUAAGGCUGUUCACGGUGCACGUGCGGCGUGGCGCGCCCGACGUGCAGGACCCCGGAUGGAACUCCCACUCCAAGCUCAACUGCAUCGCUGCCUGCAUCCAGGCCAACAAGGCGGGUGUGGACGAGGCUCUGAUGCUGGACCCGCAGGGCUUCGUGGCCACCUGCAACAGCACCAACUUCUUCAUCGUGCGCAAGGGCGAGGUGUGGGCGCCCAGCCCGCGGCACCAGCUGCGCGGCAUCACCCGGGCGCGGGUGCUCACGCUGUGCCAGCAGCACGGCAUCCCCUGCCGUGAGACGGACUUCUACCUCACGCAGGUGUACAGCGCCGAGGAGGCAUUCGUGACUGGCACCUUCGCCGGCGUCAUCCCGGUGGUGGAGGUGGACGGCCGGGUCAUAGGCGGCGGCAGGCGCGGCCCCGUGGCGGAGCGGCUGCAGCAGCUGUACGCGGACUUCGUGGAGCAGUACUGCGCGGCGGGGCGGCGGCAGCUGUGAUCAGCGACUGAUUGGGCAGGACGCGAGAAUGGGCCUUGUCACUCACUGCAAUGCAACAAUUUAUGUGGCUGAUUGUCAGUGGUGUUCGCCGCAUGGCACUGCAUGAGGGCGCUUGCGGUAACCAGAAGGGCGCAGCUGGCAGUGGGAACCCUAGCAGGCAAACUUUAGUCACUUUAUCAAAUGCAGUUUGAGUGGUCCUGUCACUGGACGGUGGGGCACGGAGGACCAGGAGCAAACGAAGAGGUUGCGGACAUGCAAGAAUCGGCGCAGCUGUCAAGUAGGGGACUGUGAUUGAAGGAGCUUCUGUACUUGACGACAUCACAUGAUCACAAAGCCCAGUGGUGUGCACUGUGCAGCUACCGGCGGGUAGCGCGCGAUACACACACACACACACAGUUCGUGUUUGGGCAGGACAGGUUCGCAUACGGCAUGAGAUGCGGAGCAGGGGAGGUGCGGAGUGCGUGACUGCGUGUGCGGGGGCUUCACUGGACCUACCAACGGCGGCACGGCCGCGUACGGUAGUCAUGUGCAAUACUGCAAUUGCGCAUGAGCGUUCUAAAAUGCACACGUGUCUGACGAACGAUGCGUGGCAGCCGGGUAGGUGGGCCAUGGUUAUGUACGCAUGUCUGCGGCUGCAUGGCAAUGUUAAAGCCACACUCUGACAGAUGAAGAGCUCAAAGGGCUAAAUGAUAGUGCGCUCGGGUUGUCACGACUUCACAUGAACUUAUUACUUCGUUGGCACUGCGCGUUCAGCUAUGGUGCAGUCCAAUCGGCCGAAACACAAGCGGUGGCCUCCACCCAUUAACGUGCUGUAACUAUCCAUGCGA